AUGGAAUGCCGGUUUCUCCAUCGACAGUGUGGAGUAUUUUCGAACCUUACUAUUAAUUUUCUUCUCUCCAAAGGCUACCUGUCUGGUUACUACGCUGUCGAGGGCUGCCAGGUGCAACAUCAUUCGCCGUAUAGUUUGCAGCAUCAACAACAACAAUUCCACAUUUCCGUGGACCCCAGGCAGACAAGCGGCGAACAGUCCGCGGCGGGGGGUGGGGGAACUUCUGGUGGCUCCUCCUCGCUCUCGUCGCACCAUCUGCGUUACCAACCCUUCGCCACUUGCUCCUCUUUGCAGCCGCAAACGCAUCUUCAGCAGCAGGGAGGUGCAGUGAGUGGUAGUGCGGGAAGCAAUGGCCACUCUAUAUUAACCUCCAAUUCACCUCCUCUCAUAGGACCUCAUGGUUACCUGACUGGGUCAGUGCACUGCCUUUUUCCCCUCUUUCCGCUUACGAACCGUGUUUGA